AUGUCAUUCUUCCCUUCUUUUAUUAGUGACAUCAAUCACCAGGAAGCUGACUGGGUUAGUAUCCACGAGAGAAUAUGCCAGCUGCUGAUUCCAAUCCAUGCAUCCUUACCUUUUGUCAGUUCUGAAAAAGAAAGAAAGCAUGGCAUGGAGCAACUGCUGAACAGGCAGAAAUACAUAAUGGACGUUGCGCAGAGCACGGCGCGGAGGUUUAUCCUGGCAGGAGAGCCGGGGAAGGCGAUCCCCGCGGGGCUGCAAGCGCUGCGCUUCAGCGUGCGCGUGCACGGUGCAAGCUCCGUGCACGUGGUGCCCGCUUAUCUCCUCCUGGCCGAGGCCUGCAUGGAUGCUGGCUACCUCACGCAGGCGACGACGUAUCUCUCCCAGGCUCAGUGGCUUGUCCUCAAAUCUCCAUCGUGCAGCCUCGCCGUCCAGCACAAACUGCACCAGGACCUGGGGCUCCUCCACGCCGCUAAAGGAGACCUCGAGCAGUCACUCCAUCACCUGGCCAACGACGUUUACCUCGCUACCUGCGCGUUCGGACCAGGCGCUCUUCAGACAGCGGGAGGUUAUUUCCAAAUGGCCCAAAUCUUCCUUCGCCAGAACAAAACGGACGUGGCCAACUCACUGUUUGCCGAGGUGACAGCCAUCUGGCAUGCCUUUCUCCUGAAGUCAGUCCAAACGCGGGAGCAGGUUCUUGAGGCGCAAGCAGAAGCAUCUCCGUUCGAUGAGGACGGGGACAUCAGCGAAGAGCCUCUGACUGAAGCCCAGCAAACCGAAGCAAUUCAAGCACUGAAUACAAUAUUAGAUUUCAGAGAAAAGGCACCAAAGCAACAGCCUGAUGAAACUGCCAAAGUUUUGCAUUCCCUUGCAAUGCUUUAUUACCUGGCCGGGGAUUUAUCAAAGGCACGGGAAAUGGGGGCAAAAGCCUUGGACCUGGUGAAGCAACUGCCCCAGCAAGAGCCUCUGGAGGCCAUCGAUCAUUUGUUAAAGGUGAUCGACUCCAAGCCUUUCUAUGGGAAAUGA